UACAUAACACGAGACAGGAUUAGAACAUCGCAAGCAACCAAACCGCUCGCUCUGUUAUAAGAGGCUUCACGUUCGAGCUCAAGUUUAGGGUUUUACAGAGAGAGAGAGGGAGUGGGUCCAAUGGAUGUUGAUCGUCCGAGAGAGCUGUCGAUGGAGGCUCUGGGUGUUCUGAGAGAAGGCAUUGGUCUGGUCUUCUCUAAGUGGUGGGCGCUCCAAAUGGCCGUCCAGAACGAGUGGGGGGGCCCUGACUCGGGCCGCAAGGCCGACCAGCUCGCCUCCGACAUCAUCUCCUGGUUCACUCAGUCCAGAGAGCCGCUUUAUAUAGAUGAUUUAGAAAAUAUGCUUCAUCAAGUUCUUGAGUCUCUCAAUACCUUGGCUGAGGAUGGCAGCGCUGAGGAGGUAGCUGAAAAACUGAUGAUUAUGCAUGAAGAAUGUUUGGAAGGGAAUUUUAAGUCUAUUGAAAACCUAAGGAAAGUUUCCGCUCAUCAUGUCAGACAGGUUGUGAAUGAUGAUGACGAUGAAGAUGUUGGUGGAGAUGAUGGAAAUGAUAAUGAUGAUUCAUCAUCAGCUAUGAUGCCGGAUGAUUCAUCAAAUAUGAUGCUUGAUGCACCGGAUCAGUCGCUGUCAAAUUCAAGUCCAAUAGAUAUGCCAGUCAAUGACCUCAGACCCAAGGUGGCAACUGAAGCAGAAGAUGGAUGGGUCCAAGUUGCACGCAGACGAAAUAGAGGUAAAAGAAAUUAGCUAGGUUGAAACAAUGUACCUGUAAUACCUUUUCAGUAAGUAUGCCAAGUACCCUUUCAGUAUAUCUUCUCUUCUACUUCCAUUUGCGGUUUCCCCCCACAACAGUAUGAAUAUGUAUUAUUAUUUGUCGUGAUAAUUAUUGUAAAAAUUUUGGUUUGCCAAUUUUAUGAAGUUGUGGUCAACAAGUA